AUUUACCCCCAAAAUCUCGUUCUCUGCCAUUCGCGCCCAACCUUCCAGGACUCAACUGCUGCUGCUGGGUCUAAACCUCACGGAGCUUCUAGACUCCAGACUCCAGUAUUUUCCACUCUCUCCCUCUCUGACAUCUAUCUUGGAAGCUGUUCUGGUUUUGCUUUCUUCAAUUCCCUUUAUUUUCUUUCCCCUAUUUUCUUAUACGGAACGCUUCGAAGCUGAUUUGGUAUUGGAUCAAUUCUUCUUCUGUAGAAUUAAUUACUUGAAUUCUAAAUUAAGGAGACAAUUCAAAGUUUGAAACUCUAAUUUGUGUCGCAACUUCUGAACUUUCUCUCCGAUUAUUCCUUCAAAUCUCUCGCAGGUAUUAUCAUCAUAUAGAGAAAGAAAGGAGGGUGUAAGAUGGUGUUCGGCCAAGUGGUUAUCGGUCCACCGGGAUCAGGGAAGACUACCUACUGCAAUGGCAUGUCACAGUUCCUCAAACUUAUUGGGAGGAAAGUAGCUGUUAUCAAUUUGGAUCCUGCAAAUGAUGCAUUGCCAUAUGAGUGUGCUGUCAAUAUCGAGGAUCUCGUGAAACUCAGUGAUGUGAUGAUUGAACAUUCUCUUGGUCCCAAUGGAGGUUUAGUUUAUUGUAUGGAUUACUUGGAGAAGAACAUCGACUGGCUAGAAUCCAAAUUGGUGCCUCUUCUCAAAGAUCACUAUCUUCUUUUUGAUUUUCCUGGCCAAGUGGAACUUUUCUUCCUUCACUCAAAUGCCAAGAAUGUUAUAGACAAACUUAUAAAGAAGUUGAACCUUAGGUUGACUGCUGUACACCUAGUUGAUGCCCACCUGUGCAGUGACACUGGGAAAUAUGUGAGUGCUCUGCUUCUUUCUCUAUCAACCAUGGUACAUCUGGAACUCCCACAUAUUAAUGUGCUGUCUAAGAUUGAUCUCAUAGAGAGUUACGGAAAGCUUGCUUUUAACCUUGACUUCUAUACUGAUGUCCAAGAUUUAUCUUAUUUACAAGACCAUCUUGAUCAAGAUCCUCGUUCAGCUAAGUACAGGAAGCUCACUAAGGAAUUGUGUGAGGUUAUAGAAGACUAUAGUCUGGUUAAUUUUACAACCUUAGAUAUCCAGGACAAAGAGAGUGUAGGGAAUCUAGUGAAGCUAAUAGACAAGAGCAACGGAUAUAUAUUUGCUGGAAUAGAAGGAAGUGCAGUUGAAUUUAGUAAAAUUGCAGCAGGUCCUCUUGAUUGGGAUUAUUACAGAGUAGCAGCAGUGCAAGAGAAGUACAUGAAGGAUGAUGAAAAGUUUGAUCUCAGUGAUUAAUGGAGAAAAUUUUUGUUCGGGGAUCCCUACCAAAGUGAUCUAGCUUUAGCUUAUUUCUGCCUAUGUGCAAUGUUCUCAUCCGUGGUGCCAGGUCAAAAAGUUGAUGUUAUAAAUAUUUGAGCAACUUUCUGAUGACUUAGCUGAUGACAGGUAACCAGUUUUAAAAGCUCGCAGACGAUGUUUUGGGGAUGAGGUAGUUCUGUUUGAAAUAUCUGAAAAUCACAUGAUUUUUCAUGAUUUCCUUGUGUAAACUGAUGAGAUAAAUGACAAUCCAUUAGCAGGAGUCCCUUUGGUGAA